GUGUUUCAUCUCGCUCAACCUUCGGAAGUCUUCCGACUGAAAGAAUUUCAAUACCUUCCCAGUUUUUUUUUCAGGUUUUCUACUAAAACCAUCUUUUUGAGCUUUUUGAUUUCUACUCAUCUUUUUCAGCUUCUGAGUUUGAAGAUGCCUCGUAGGCCAUCAGGGAGACGAUUUUCAAAGCAUCAACCUUUAGCGUUUUCACCUUUUAUGCGUUCACUAGCCUUUUCUUCAACGGCUAGGCGUAGAUUGCUUCAUCCUAAAGAUUCUCAAUGUUCUGAAGAGAUGUCUUAUGAUGAAAAGAUCGCUAAUUUAUCCAAAUAUGGGAAAGAAGAACAAUUGUUGGAGUCCUCUGAUGAAGAAGACUCUCAGGGAGACGUCCAAGCAGAUUUUGAGUUCUUUGACCCUAAAGCUACAGACUUUCAUGGAGUCAAGAUCCUCCUACAAAAUUAUCUCGAUGACAAGGAGUGGGAUUUGAGUGGUUUUGUUGAUUUGAUAUUGUAUCAAUCAACGGUAGGAACUGUGGUCAAAGUAGCAGAUGAUGAGGAUGACGCAUUAUUUUCUGUUUUCACUGCUCUUAACUUGGCAAGAUACAAGGGAAAUAUUCUGUAUCGUCUUCCAUCCCUGCAACGCACAGCUUCUGUGUCUAGUAGAAAAAAGGAACAAGUAGGAAAAUGGUUCAGACUGGGUUGCAGAUAUGGAGAAGUUCUUCAAGGAGAGAAAAUGGCAAUUUAGUAAAACUAGUUCAUCUGAGAGAGCAAUGGUCGUUGGGCUAGGUGCGGUUAAUCUCUUUGGUGUUAUUGUUCUGAACGCCAUGCUAAAGGAGAUGGCUGUCACGCCAAGUGGAUUUCUUACAUUUGUUAAGAACAUAUAUCCACUACUUCAGGUAUGGAUUUAGUUUCUGUUCAUAUGGCAAACUCCUUUGCCUGCUUCUGGUUUUUCUUAUUUGCUUUAAGCAUGAUCUCAAGGUUCUUUCUUGACAGAAACAACCUUCUUGUGGAUUUUUUUCUUUAUAAUUCAAAUGAGCAGUCUUUGUUUGCAAC